AUGAUGUUCAUGCACGACAACGACCCCUACGGCAGCUUCCCGCUCGAGCCACUACCUUCGGUCCCCGUCGGUAGCGACAAAAACAUGGCACCUCCGAGCCCGCCCUCCAGCCCCACGCGCCCCGCCUCCCACUCCACCUCCCUGCCGCUCCUUCCCCUGCGGCCCCUCGACCCCGAGGCCGGCUCGCCCGCCCCGCCCCUGCCCUCCAUGAUGUUGAUGAUGCCCACCAUCGGCCACCACCCAUCGACCACCUCGCCGCCGUUCUCUUCGCACUAUGGCCCGCCCUCUCUGCCCUACCCCUGCCCGGCCUCGACCGACUCGUCGCUGCCCUGCCACUGCUCGCCCCACCUCUCCUACACUGCCCACCGCCCUUUCUCGAUGGGAACGCCGCCGUGGCGGCUCUGCCCGUCGUCGUCGUCGUCGUCAUCGUCGUCGUCGUUGUCUUCAGCCCAGCUCUCGCUGGUCGAGGCACCAUCGACCUGUUCGGCUUCAUCGCAGACCACGACGGGAGCGAAGACCUCGCCGACUCUGUCGUCGGCGGACAGACGGCUGGCCCCGCAACAACAGCCACAGCGAUCCGAGCGACGACCGCCUCAGUACAACCACCAGCGCCACACGAGCUACACGCCGACGGUUGUGGCCGGGGUCCACGGGCCGACGGUCCACCUGCAGGCCACGCCCACGUCCACUUCGUCAGCCUUUGGCCACCUGACAGCCCCCAAGACGUCGGAGUGGCGCAUGGGACCCGAGGGCCGCGGCACGCUCUGCAACGCGUGCGGCCUGCGCUACCGCAAGAAGCUCAAGGCCAGCCUGCCGCCCAAGGCUGCUGCUUCUUCGGCUCCCAAUCCCAUCAGCCUGCUCCUCAACUCCGACGUCGGCGACACCACCGGUGAGGUAGACGAUUGA